AUGAGUCUAAGCGAAAAACAAAUUAUCGAGUUGAUUACAAACGACGAGUCAGCCGAUGAAUAUAAAUCAAGUGAUUUUUCGGAUGGUUCAGAUUCUGAAAGUAAUUUCACUAACUCUCUUAGAGAAAAUCUGUUGAGUAGUAUUUCGAAUAACACAGUAGUAUCAGAAAAUAAUCGUAGUUUAGACAUAGAAAUAUUACCAAUAGUAUGUGAAGAUAAUGUUAUUAUACCUCCAGUUAGUUUACCCCAAACGCUAUCUCCGAGUACUGUACCCCAAAACAAAAAAGGUCCAGAUGUGUUUUCUGAAAAAUGGUUUAAUGAUGAUACUGCUAUCAAUAACUUUGAGCACAAAAAAUUUGAUUUUGAUGAUUCAAAUACUGGAGUUAAACUUGAUGAUUUACCUUCUCCUCUGACCGAGUAUGAUAUUUUCAAAACUGUAUUUGACGAAGAUUUGGUACAACAUAUAGUAGACAAGACUAAUAAAUUUUAUAAUUUUGUUAUAUCUAAUAAAGAAAUAACCGUAAACUCAAAACUAAACCGUUGGACUGAUACAAACGUAGAUGAAAUGUAUAGUUUUUUUGCCUUAUGUCUUCUUAUGUCCCAUGUAAAAAAAAAUAAAAUUAAAGAGUAUUGGACAACUUCUUUUUUGCUGUCUACUCCAGCUUUUGGAAAAACAUUGCGAAAAAAAUUCAAAAAAAUUUUUAAACCUAGUCAAAAACUCUAUAUUGAUGAGAGUAUAGUGGAAUGGAAAGGACGAUUAAGUUUCAAGCAAUUUAUUCCAUCAAAACGCCAUCGUUUUGGAAUAAAACUAUUUGUGUUGUGUGAUUGUGAAACUGGAUAUCUACUAGAUUUUAUUGUGUAUUGUGGUCAGCAAAGUCACAUCGAUACAUUGGACAAUCUAGGCGUAUCGGGAUCGGUAAUUACAACCCUCAUGAAACAAUAUUAUAAGAAAGGGCAUAUUGUUUACAUGGAUAACUGGUAUACCUCACCAACCCUUUUAAAACAUUUAUCCUCUAAAAAAGUUGGUGCUUGUGGAACAGUUAAGGCAAAUAGAAAAGGUAUGCCAAAUUUAUGUAAAAAAUUAAAAAGAGGAGAAUGCAAACUGGCAAUCACCAAAAAAUCUAAAAUUCUAGCUUGCAAGUGGAAAGAUAAAAGAGACGUAUUGAUGUUGUCUACUAUACAUAAACACCAAAUGAAAAAAAUAAAUAAAAACGACAAACUACAAAUAAAACCAAACUGUAUACUUGAUUAUAAUACUAAUAUGGGAUUAGUUGACAAAACUGAUAUGAUGAUGAGUUUUAAUGGCACAAUCAGAAAAUCUGUCAAGUGGUACAAACAAUUUUUUUUUCAUCUAUUGGAUAUAGCAAUUCUUAACUCUGGAAUAAUAUAUAACAAACUUAUCGAUAAGAAAUUUCGUCUGCCAAGUUAUCGACUUCAGCUGAUAACCCAAAUUUUAGAAAAACAUUCUACACAUAGAUUAAAUUUACCAGGCAGAAAGUCAACAAAUGACAAUCCUACUAGGCUUACAGCACGCCACUUUCCAUGA